AGAAACGGCCACUGUUAUUAUUGUAAUUCCUCUUGUGAAAAUGGCGUCGAGUCAGGGAGGUGUGGGAGCUGUACCGGCUCUUUCAAACCAUCACUUAUCCAACGGACCUCACUGGAACCCGGGGAUCAACCAGCAUCAGCAUCAUCUCCACACGACCCGGAGCUUAGACCGCGCUCUGGAGGAUUCCGUGUGCUCAGGAACGUUGAAUCUUAGCGGGAGGAAGCUGAGAGACUACCCUGGAUUGAGCUAUGAUCUUACUGAUACAACACAGGCAGAUCUGUCGAAGAACAGGCUCACAGAGAUCCCUCCAGAGGUGUGUCUGUUUGCCCCCCUUGAGUCUCUCAACCUCUACCACAACUGCAUCAAAUGCAUCCCUGAAGCCAUCAUCAACUUGCAGGUGCUGACCUAUCUAAACAUAAGCCGGAACCUUCUCUCAACAUUGCCAAAAUACCUGUUCAACCUCCCUCUCAAAGUGCUGGUGGUGAGCAACAACAAGCUACUGUCUGUCCCAGAGGAGAUUGGGAAGGCCAAAGAACUGAUGGAACUGGACAUCAGCUGUAAUGAGAUACAGGUGCUGCCCCCUCAGGUGGGGAGGCUCCGUUCAUUAAGGGAACUCAACAUCAGGAGGAACUGUCUUCACAUGCUGCCUGAGGAGCUGGCUGACCUGCCACUCAUCAGACUGGACUUCUCCUGCAAUAAGAUCACAGAGAUCCCUCCUGUCUACAGGAGACUCAGGCAGCUGCAGCACAUCAUCCUCGACAACAACCCUAUGCAGUCCCCACCUGCACAGAUCUGCCUGAAGGGCAAGGUGCACAUCUUUAAGUACCUGAACAUCCAGGCUUGUAGGAUGGAUAAGAAGCCUGACUCUCUGGACCUCCCUUCUCUGGGCAAACGCUGCCUUCCCCAGCCUCUCACAGACAGCAUGGAGGAUUUUUACCCCAGUAAGAACCACGGUCCUGACUCUGGUAUCGGCAGUGACAACGGGGAUAAAAGACUGUCUGCGACAGAGCCCUCUGACGAUGAUACCAUCAGCCUGCACUCUCAGGUCUCAGAGACGGCCCGCGCCGACGCCCUCUCUCUCCUCUCAAAGAUGGACUCAGGCAAAGAUCAGGUCCCCUUUGACUUCAUCGAGCCCAACGCAGAGGAAGAUGCUGCCCUGUCAGAUGGGCAGCAGAGUGGACCCAACAUCUCAUGUAUAAAGGAAUUGGAGAAGGUUCUUAACAAGUCACACCAAAGCAAAGAUAAGGAGAACUGGAAAGAGGAGUCUGGCUCUGAUAAAGAUCAGCUAGUUGAGGAGGAUGAGGAUGAGCUGAAGGAAGUACUGGACCUGAGGAAGAUCGCUGUCCAGCUCCUGCAGCAGGAGCAACAGAACAGACGACGGUCCUUAAUUUGUAGAGCAGAGAGUCUAAUUCAUCGAAGGAGGGUUGCCGGCCGAGCACACAGGUUCCUCAGUCACUCUGGCAGCUCCAGCAGCAAACAGAGGUCCCCCUGCCAGGCCAUCCACAGUGCCUCCCUGGAUGAAGGGGGCAGUGGACCGUCAGUGCUAAGUGGGCAGGACCCUGACUUCACAGACGAUGACACAGCUUUCUCUGAGCCGUCCUCUUCCUGCUCUUUCGAUGGCAGUCUAAAGUCAGAGUCUGACACAGAGCCAAAAUGGCCAGAGGUUCCACCCGUACUCAACCAGAACGAGGAGCGCAGGAGGAACAAGUAUCUGAGGAAAGAUUAUCUAAAGUACAAGUGCCAGAGUGCCCGAAGAAACUCCUGUGGGAAUGACGAGUGUGAGGAGGGGAUGCGGAAUGCUGAUUUCAGCAGCACCCUCACAGUGUUUGGUCUGAAGCCAAGAUCAGCGUUCUGUCGAAGCAGCCGUCAAGAGUCAUCAGACCCCAGUUUCACCAUGAGGAGAAAGAUGGAACACCUGAGGGAGGAGAUGGAGCAGAUUGGCGUCCUACGGCAGAACCUGGAGUCCAGACUAAAGGUCUUGCUGCCGGAUGAUGUCGGAGCUGCUCUGAUGGAUGGCGUUGUCUUGUGCCAUCUGGCCAAUCACAUUCGUCCUCGGUCAGUGGCCAGCAUCCAUGUACCCUCCCCAGCAGUGCCAAAGCUUAGCAUGGCCAAGUGCCGCAGGAAUGUGGAGAACUUCCUGGAUGCCUGUAAGAAGCUGGGCGUGCCACAGGACAAGCUGUGUUUACCCCACCAUAUCCUAGAGGAGCGUGGGCUGGUGAAGGUGGGUAUGACCGUUCAGGCUCUACUGGAGCUGCCGGCCUCCAAGCCCACCCAGCUGUCUGCUGUCUAACAGCAGCCUGGACACUGCCUCAAACCCCGCCCAGCCCAGUCCAGCCUUCCACAACCCAGCCCUUCACCCCACAGAGGAGGGGGCUUCCAGCCUGCUCCGGUCAUCACCGGGGACCAGGGACCCCUUAGGGGGUGAGGGCUGGGGGCUGCAGGGAGUCCAUUGCCAGCUGACUGAGUCAAGAAAGGGAUGGAUUAACUCAGAUCCUCCCACCGUUCCUAUAUGAUGUCAGCUGGGACCAGCCUCCCAUCCAUCAGAUUGUUAGCUACUGUCAUGUCCUCCCCAAGGGGACCCUACUGUACUGUGUUUGUAGAGUACCAGUGUGGCUGUCUGUGUGACCUGUGUGACCUGCACAGUGUGGACUUUAUGAGAGCUGGUGAACAGAGGUCAGACUAAGGAAUGAAUCACAGUGAAGAUGAAGACCUGUCUGUCCCCAUGGUGAUAUUGACAAGCCCAUGCUCAGACACUUUUGAACCUAGUGGUGCGAACACUGAAUUCACUGGGUUUUCAACACUCAGUAUUGAAGACAUUUGUAGUGAAGUGAUAGCAGAUUUAACCUCUAUGGGCUAGGUGGGACGUGACCGUCCCACUCUAUUCAACAGCCAGUGGAACAGCGUGGCGCGAAAUAGAAAAACCUCAAAAAUGCAAUAAUUUCAAUUUUUCAAACAUACGACUAUUUUACACCAUUUUAAAGAUAAGACUCUCGUUAAUCUAACCACAUUGUCCGAU